UCUUUGGUCACUCGUACGGCGGCACUUCCGGUCGGCAUUUUGUUCUACGGGAGCAGUCUCUUCGCCGCAACAAUCGUCAUAUUUGUGUCCUUAUACAAACGAAAUUGGACAGCGAUUUAUUAAUGUCGGUUUAGACCGACAGAAACUCAGCCGAACGAAUGGUUCUGUAUAUACUUCCGUUCAAAAAUACAACCGCUUAUGACGGAAGAAGGAAGAAUCUGCGCGACCCGGAUUAUUGUUGAUUGCUAGCCUAGCUAGCUAACUGGACAGCUAGCUGGCAACUAAACUGAGUUCCGUUGCAUUGGAGGAACAGCAAGAAAAGAAAGGGGGAGCCAGAGAGACACGGGACAACCUAGCUACAUACAACAUUCCCCUCCCUACGUAGCAAAAAUCACAAGAAAUGAACCAGCUCCCUGUUGUCGUUUCCUCUGCCAGGGCGAAGGAGAUGUGAGGACUUGUCCAUCGGCUGCGACCAUAAGCAACCUGUGUAUCGCCACGCUGCCCUGCCUUCGCCUUCAGCAUGAAUGGGGAUAUGCCUCAUGUUCCCAUCACCACUCUUGCUGGGAUCUCUAGCCUUACAGACUUGUUGAAUCAGUUGCCCUUGCCCUCUCCUCUUCCCGCAACAACCACCAAAAGCCUUCUCUACAAUGGGAGGAUCGCAGAGGAGGUCAGCUGCCUACUGGCCUGCCGGGACGAGAACCUGGUCUCCCAGUUGGCCCACAGUCUCAACCAAGUUUCCACCGAGCACAUAGAGCUGAAGGACAACCUGGGCAGCGAUGAGCCGGAAGGAGACGUCCCUGCCCUGCUGCAGACUGUGCUUUCCAGGAACCCCGGGAUCUUCAGGGAGAAAAAUGUCAUGCAGCAGGCGAUGGUGCAACAAUACAAAUCAAUACAGAAUUCCAUGCAUGGCAGCCCCGCGCAGUCAGCAACCUUUCAACAGGCUUCAAUGUCCCCCAGUCCAUCCAGCCGGGGGUUUGUCUCUCCGCAGGCGAGCUCAGGUAGUCGUUUCAUCGCCCAGCAGAACAGUCCGGUUCCCAGCCCAUACACUCCACAGAGCCCAGCAGGAUUCAUGCAGUACCCCCAUCCGCCCAGCUACAGUCAACACCAACAGAUACAGCAGGUGUCCGUAGCCAGCCCCAUGGUCCCCGGAGGCAUGAGGAACAUCCACGAAAGCAAGGGACAGAUGAGCAAUGCCGCCAAUCACCAUCCGGACAGACAUGGCAGCGACGACUACAUGAGCAUAGUCCACAGGCUGGGGAACGAGGAGAGUGACCCCUCCUUAAGGAAUGCCUCGUUCCCUCUGAGGUCACCUCAGCCUGGGUGCUCACCUGCAGGAAGCGAGGGAACCCCGAAAGCUGGCUCUCGGCCGCCUCUCAGCCUUCCGUCUCCUCCGCCGUACGCGUCCCCCCCGGACGGCCCCCCGGACCUGCUCCUGGAUUCACCCGACCAGAGAAAGAAACUGCAGCAGCAGAAAAAGAAGCUGGGUAGCAAGGAAGACAAGGACUCUCAUGACAUCGUCACCUCACCCCCCAAGGACGCCACCAGGCUGACCCUGAAGUUGUCUAGGGUGAAGUCAGAGGAGGACGCCUCUGGUGAGCUGCCCCCCGGCACGGUGAACCAGAGCUCUGACCUAGGCGGAGAGCCAGGGCACCGGCAGGUCCCUGCGCUGCAGAACAUGGGGGCUGCUAAGGGGCAGGGAGGCCCUCACUCAUCGCCCUAUGAUGCGGCGGAGCUGGACGCCCUGGCAGAGAUUGAGAGGAUAGAGUCAGCCAGUGAGAGGGAGCGCUGCUCCAAAGAAGUGCAGGAUAAAGACAAACCACUGAAGAAACGUAAGCAAGACUCGUUCCCCCUGGAGCCCGGAGCGGGGGGUACCGCGGGGACCACCGGUGCGCCAGGCAGUGGAGGCGGCGGCGGCAAUGCUGGCAAACUAACCCCCCAGGAGGCCUCAGCAGCAGGAAACGGAGCUAGCAGACCGGCCCUUAUGGUCAGCAUCGACUUGCAACAGGCAGGCUGUGCCGACGGCCAGCUCGACCCAUGUAUAGCUGCUCCCAUCCCGGCCCUGGAGGCCCAACGGUGGCCGGAGGAGCCCGCCGAGGGCCCGGCGGCAGAGGGAUCCGACACGGCCGGGGUGCUCCGGCUCAAAGCGGACGGUCGACCGGAGGUGAUCAAGAACCGCAUGGACAAACACGACAGCCACAGGGAGCCGUCCAGACACAGGCAUGACGGAAAACAGGACCGGCACCCCGACACGCCCAAGUCCUCGGGGAGAGGAGAACACGGUCGGGACCGGGACAGGGACAAGGAGAGGCGGCACAGAAACGAAGAUCGGCGCUCGCCGGAAGAGCGAUACCGGCCGGACAGCCCCCGGGUCAAACAGGAGGGCAGAGGGAGUGGCUUUGACCCCAGUGGGCGGCCGCGUGGUGACAGACCCGGCUUCAGGUCCCCCGGCGGGGGAGAGGCGGCCAGGAACCUGCCGGAAGGACACAGACUGCAGCAGCCUGAGAGCAAGGCAGGAGAGUUCCCAGCUUACCUGCUGGGUGGGGCAGGGUCUGGGGCUCUGAGAAACUUUGUGAUACCCAAGGUGAAGUGGGACAAGGACGGUAGGCCGGUGGACGUGGCGGAGGGCUGGGGCCAGCCGCGCGUCAAACUGGAGCGACUGGGGGUCGAGGGGCUGGUGGACCACAUCAGCAAGAGGCCCAAGCCAGUGGUGGUGUUGCAGAAGCUCUCCUUUGACGAGGUUCAGCGGUUCAUCAGGUACAAGGACCGGCAUGGCUCCAAGUCGGGCAAGAGCAGGUUCUCCUCGGGCAAGUCCAGCCGAGGUGGACUAGAUCAGUCGGUGCUGAAAGACCUGCCUCCAGAGCUGCUAGCGGAGAUUGAGUCCACAAUGCCGCUGUGCGAGAGGGUGAAAAUGAACAAGCGCAAGCGGAGUACGGUCAAAGAGAAACCCAAGUACGCCGAGAUGGAUUCAGACUCUGAUGACAAUAACUGGGAAUCUGCCAAGAAACGCCAGCGGAAGGACCGGGGGGACAGGGCCUGGGACUGUGAGUCGGAGCGAGAGAGGAGGGGCUCCGGGGAGCACAGGCGGAGUGGGGGCAAGGGCUUCCAGGAGGGACGCAGAGGCUCGGGCAGCCGCUACCGGGACUCGUCUGAUGAGUCGCCCCCGCCCAGUAUGAGCGACGUCGCCAGGCAGAUGAAGAAGAAAGAGAAGCAGAAAAAGAGGAAAGCGUAUGAGCCCAAGCUCACUCACGAGGAACUGAUGGACUCAUCAACAUUCAAAAGAUUCUCCUCCAGUGUGGACAAUGUCCUAGAAAAUCUGGAAGAUGUUGACUUCACUCAAAUGGACGAUGACGAGAUCCCACAGGAGCUUCUGCUGGGUAAACAGCAGCUGAACGAGCUGGGCAGCGAGUCGGCCAAAAUCAAGGCCAUGGGCAUCACUUGCAGGAUACCGUCUGAUAAGCUGGUGAAGGUUCUGAAUAUCCUGGAGAAGAACAUCCUGGACGGAGCAAAGCUGUCGACGCUCAUGAACCACGACAACGACGAGGACGAGGAGAAGCUGUGGCGAGACCUCAUCAUGGAGCGUGUGACGAAGUCGGCUGACGCCUGCCUGACGGCCCUGAACAUCAUGACGUCAGCCCGCAUGCCCAAGGCGGUCUACAUCGAGGACGUGAUUGAGAGGGUGCUCCAGUACACCAAGUUCCACCUGCAGAACACCCUGUACCCGCAGUAUGACCCCGUGUACCGGGUGGAUCCACACGGAGGAGGCCUGAUGAGCUCCAAGGCCAAGAGGGCCAAGUGCUCCACCCACAAGCAGCGGGUCAUCGUCAUGCUGUACAACAAGGUGUGUGACAUCGUCAGCAACCUCUCAGAGCUGCUGGAGAUCCAGCUUCUCACGGACACCACCAUCCUUCAGAUCUCCUCCAUGGGCAUCACUCCAUUCUUUGUGGAGAGUGUCAGUGAGUUGCAGCUUUGUGCUAUCAAGCUGGUGACGGCGGUUUUUUCCCGUUAUGAGAAGCACAGGCAACUAAUCCUUGAGGAGAUCUUCACCUCCCUGGCCAGACUGCCCACUAGCAAACGCAGCCUCCGCAACUUCAGGCUGAAUAGCUGUGACCAGGACGGCGAGCCGCUCUACAUCCAGAUGGUGACGGCCCUGGUGCUGCAGCUCAUCCAGUGUGUCGUGCACCUCCCCAACGACGGCGACGCCCUGGAGGACGAGUACGACAGGAAGGUGGAUGAGGACUUGCUGAUCACUAACAACUACGAGACGGCCAUGAGGACGGCCCAGAACUUCCUCUCUGUGUUCCUCAAAAAGUGUGGCAGUAAGCAGGGUGAGGAGGACUACCGGCCUCUCUUUGAGAACUUUGUCCAGGACCUGCUCUCCACGGUCAACAAGCCGGAGUGGCCCGCUGCCGAGCUGCUGCUGAGCCUUCUGGGUAGACUACUGGUUCACCAGUUCAGCAAUAAGCAGACGGAGAUGGCUCUGAGGGUGGCCUCACUGGACUACCUGGGCACCGUUGCUGCUCGCCUACGCAAAGAUGCCGUCACCAGCAAGAUGGAUCAGUGCUCCAUUGACCGCAUCCUAAAAGAGACCCAAGGUGACGACGAAACCCAGAAACUGCAGAAGGCACUACUGGAUUACAUGGAGGAGAACACGGAGAACGACCCGUCACUGUUGUUUGCCAGGAAGUUCUACAUAGCCCAGUGGUUCCGUGACACCACCACGGAGGCGGAGAAGGCCAUGAAGAGCCGUGACCGGGACGAGGACUCAUCGGACGGCCCUGGCCACCACGCCAAGGACAUUGAGUCUAUUGGGGAGGUCAUGCAGCGUGCAGAGGCGCGCAAAAACUUCCUCCGCAAAAUCAUUAAGACAGCCCCCUCCCAAUACACCACCCUCAGAAUGAACUCUGAAACCGUGGACUACGAGGACUCCUGCCUGAUCGUCCGUUACUUGGCCUCCAUGAGGCCGUUUGCCCAGAGCUUUGAUAUUUAUUUAACCCAGAUUCUCAGAGUCCUAGGCGAGAGUGCCAUCGCUGUCCGGACUAAAGCCAUGAAAUGUCUUUCAGAGGUUGUGGCGGUAGACCCCAGUAUUCUGGCCAGGUUGGACAUGCAGCGCGGGGUUCACGGCCGUCUGAUGGACAACUCGACCAGUGUGCGUGAGGCGGCCGUAGAGCUGCUGGGCCGAUUCGUGCUUAGCAGACCCCAGCUAACGGAGCAGUAUUACGACAUGCUCAUCGAGCGGAUACUGGACACGGGCAUCAGCGUGAGGAAGAGGGUGAUAAAGAUCCUGCGAGAUAUCUGUCUGGAGCAGCCGACCUUCAACAAGAUCACCGAGAUGUGUGUCCGGAUGAUCCGCCGGGUCAACGACGAGGAGGGCAUCAAGAAACUGGUUAACGAAACAUUCCAGAAGCUGUGGUUCACCCCGACCCCAGCCCACGACAAAGAAACCAUGACCCGGAAGAUUCUCAACAUUACUGACGUGGUCGCUGCGUGCAAAGACACUGGCUACGAUUGGUUUGAGCAGCUCCUCCAAAACCUGUUGAAGUCAGAGGAGGAUGCGGCCUAUAAACCAGCCAAGAAGGCUUGUGUGCAGCUCGUGGACAAUCUGGUAGAGCACAUCCUGAAGUACGAAGAGUCUCUUGCAGAAAAUAAAGGGGUGAACUCAACCCGCCUGGUGUCCUGCAUCACCACCCUGUUUCUGUUCAGCAAGAUCCGGGCCCAGCUCAUGGUCAAACACGCCAUGACCAUGCAACCCUACCUCACUACCAAGUGCAACAAUGCCAGUGACUUCAUGGUGAUCUGCAACGUGGCUAAGAUGCUGGAGCUGGUGAUUCCACUGAUGGAGCACCCCAGCGAGACCUUCCUCACCACCAUAGAGGAAGACCUAAUGAAACUCAUUAUCAAAUACGGCAUGACGGUCGUCCAGCACUGCGUAAGCUGCCUUGGCGCUGUGGUGAACAAGGUGACCCACAACUAUAAGUUUGUGUGGUCUUGCUUCAACAGAUACUACGGUGCUUUGACCAAGCUGAAGACGCAGCACCAGGAAGACCCCAACAGUACCAGUCUGGCUGCCAACAAGCCGGCGCUCCUGCGCUCGCUCUUCACCGUGGGCGCGCUCUGUCGCCACUUUGAGUUUGACCUGGAGGAGUUCAAGGGCAGCACCAAGGUUGUGAUCAAGGAGCGAGUGCUGGAGCUGCUGCUGUACUUCACCAAACACGAGGAUGAGGAGGUGCAGAGCAAGGCCAUCAUCGGUUUGGGCUUCCUGGUGAUCAUGCACCCCAGCCAAAUGUUUGUCCCGGAGGUGAAGACCCUGUACAACGGCAUCCUGGCUGACAGGAACACCUCAGUCAAUCUGAAGAUCCAGAUUCUGAAGAACCUGCAGACCUACCUCCAGGAGGAGGACUCUCGCAUGCAGGAGGCUGACCAGCAGUGGAAGAAGCUGUCCAAGCAGGAGGACCUGAAGGAGAUGGGCGACAUCUCGUCCGGCAUGAGCAGCUCCAUCAUGCAGCUGUACCUGAAGCAGGUGCUGGAGGCCUUCUUCCACACCCAGUCCAGCGUGCGCCACUUUGCUCUGAACGUCAUCGCGCUCACCCUCAACCAGGGCCUCAUCCAUCCCGUGCAGUGUGUACCGUACCUAAUCGCCAUGGGAACAGACCCCGAACCCGGCAUGAGGAACAAGGCCGACCAGCAGCUGGUGGAGAUCGACAAGAAGUACACUGGAUUCAUUCACAUGAAGGCUGUGGCUGGGAUGAAGAUGUCCUACCAAGUGCAGCAGGCCAUCAUGGCAUCCCGCAAGAACAUCAUCCGGGGCUUCCGUCAGGACGAGACGACCUCUGCCCUCUGCGCCCACCUCUACUCCAUGGUCCGGGGGAACCGGCAGCACCGGCGAGCAUUCCUCAUCUCCCUACUCAACCUGUUUGACGACAGCUCGAAGACGGACGUGAACAUGCUGCUGUUCAUAGCAGACAACCUGGCCUGUUUCCCCUACCAGAGUCAGGAGGAGCCCCUCUUCAUCAUGCACCACAUAGACAUCACCCUUUCCGUGUCUGGCAGCAACCUGCUACAGACCUUCAAAGAGUCUCUGCUGAAGGAGCCACGGCGGCGCGAGCACAAACCUCAAAAGGAGCACCCGUUGAACUACAGCUCUGGCGGUGAGGAGGACGAAGAAGACAAGGGGGAGAACGGCAACACUUCUGGGGGCGACAGACACUCGAUCUCUGAGGACGAAGAGGAGGAGGUAGUGCGGCAUCCUAAGAAACCACGAAGGCCGGCAGCCGUGGAGGACCCCAGCUCGGAUUCGGACCUGGAAGACCUGGAUGUGGAAGACGUGGACCGGGUGAUGCGGCGGCUGCCUGAGAACGCCACGCCCCUCCUGGAUUUUGCCAACGCCUCGCAGGGCAUCCUGCUGCUUCUCGUGCUCAAGCAGCACCUGAAAAACCUGUACGGCUUCUCAGACAGCAAAAUCCAGAAGUAUUCACAGACGGAGUCAGCCAAGGUGUACGACAAGGCGGUGAACCGGAAAACCAACGUCCACUUCAAGCCCAGGCAGACCAUUGACUUCCUGACCAAUGACUGGGCCCAUGUGGUCCUCACUCACGACAUCAAGACCCGGAUAGUCAAGCAGUACCUGGACUUCAAGACCCUGAUGGAGCACUUGGACCCGGAUGAAGAGGAUGAGGAGGGGGACGCGGCACAGGCCAGUGCCAACAUCCGAAACAAAGCCAUAAAUGCACUGCUGGGAGGGGCGGGGCCAGGUCAUGGUGCGGGGCAUCUUGCCCCGGUGGAGUACGAUGAGGAGGAUGAGAGCGACGGGGAUGAGAGGAACCCUGGGUCCUCUCGGCGGUCGAGGCGUUCAGGGGACCUCGCAGACCCUGGGAACAUGAACGAGACCGUGGACUCAAUGGAUGUCAUAGCCAUCCACUGCCCCAAGUACAAGGACCGGCCCCAGAUCGCGCGGGUCAUCCAGAAGAUCAGCACAGGCUACACCGUCCACUGGAUGGCCGGUUCCUACACGGGUCCCUGGGCUGAUGCCAAGAAACGGGACGGACGCAAAACAGUGCCUUGGGUGGACACUAUCAAGGAGUCUGACAUAAUUUACAAAAAAAUCCCUUUGACCAGUAACCACAAACUGAGUAGCAAGGUGGCGCAGACUUUACGGUCACUGUACGCUGCCAAGGACGGAACUUCCAGCUAAUGAACCCUGUGUCGAACGAAACCCCCUAUUUCUACGUUCUUCAACCCCUUUACCGCCAAACCAGAGGGAAAUGUUACAAAAACAUUGUGUGGGAGGCUCUUUCGCUGUUGUGCAGCAGAACCUAGUUGUUUCAUUUCUACUCCCACUGUAUUAUAGGUUUAACACGACAACUCAAAAUGUUUAUAUCUCCAGAAAAAAGUCUGUAAAGAAAAAAAAAGAAUAAAACCUUAUGUGAAUGUUGGAAAUUAGUCCUUUUGAUGGUCUUAUUAAAAGUGUUUUUUGAAUUGA